AACUUACCAGCAGGGAUGAUGACUCAGCCUGUGGUCCUGAUGCCGUCUGUGUAUCAGCAGGGGGUGGGAUAUGUGCCCAUUGCAGGAGUGCCCACGGUCUACAACCAGGGCAUGGUUCCCAUGGCGAUGCCGGCUGCCGCGCCAGCUGUUGGGGUCCAGGAGCCGCCGUGCAGCGAGGAGGACCUGAAGGCCCUGCAGGACAUGUUCCCCAACCUGGACACCGAGGUGGUCCGCACUGUGCUGGACGCACAGCAGGGCAACAAGGACGCUGCCAUCAACUCUCUGCUGCAGAUGGCCGAGGAGCUCUAACUGCAGAACGCUGGCUCACAGCGCGCACACACACAGCAACACACAGACACAGAGCCGUCUUUAUUAGACACCGUCCUUUGUUCGCACACAGACUCAAAGCUCACCCACUCACUGCAGCCCCCUCGGGGGCCGCGCUCUCUGCCGUAGGGGGUGUCGGGGCAGGAGGCGUGAGCUGUUUGAGCCGUGUUGAGUCCACCUUCUGUUUAAUGUUGAGGACCUUUUCCCUUCCAUGUGUCUGUAGUGACCUGCAGUGGACCUGCGGGUCCCCACGUUGCUGUAAAGUGUUUAGUGCGUUCCAGAUGUGACUGACAGUAAGUGAUGUAUUACACAGAGUCCUACGUGGUGGUAAGUGAACACAUGAAGCGAGAGGUUGAGAUUUAGGACUGAAUGUAACAGCGAUCACAUCUCAUUUAUUGCCCAAGUUGUGAUUAAAACCAUUUCCAAUCACUUUAAGGUUCUGAACUUACUCACAUAUUGCCCUGUUGUGAGGCUCUGCAGCGCUUUGGAGACCAAACAUCACGUGUACACGACUGAUUGAUUCCUAACUGGAUGUAACGGACCCCAAAGCCGAGCGCCACACGUUUCGUCUUCUAAUCCUUUAUGCCAAAGCUUUCCUUGGACACGCCGUUCUUUUUUGAUUAAAAAACCACCGGCAUUUCCUUGUGUUGUCUGUAUUAAAUGAAAUAUCAAAGCCA